CACCGUUUCGAAACUUUCAAUUUUCUGUUGGACAAACCGCGUCCGCAGCCAACUUCGCAACUUCCCAGAAACAUAAAAACAACAUUCAUUCAAAUCCCCGGCAGAAGAAAAUGGGAAGUUGAAUUCCUUUGGAUUACUUGCAAAUUUCAACACACGGCUUUCUCAUUACUUUACCUCGUUUAAUGUGAAAUUUGCGAUGAGUUGGUGAAAAUUAUGUAUUAUUAUAUGGUGGUGGUGGUGGUGGUGGUGGAUUUUGAGUGCGAGAAUAAAAAUGGAAGAUGGUGCCACCCCUCUUUCCGCCAUAGCCGAGUCCUUCGAAGGGCUUGCCAAAUUAGUAUGUUCCUUUAAGGAGGAUUCCUCACAACAACUCCGAUUGGAUGUUCUCUGUGACGCUUGUUCUCUCGUCUCUGUUCUCUUUAGUUCUCUCGGCCUCGCCUUCAAAUUCGCCGAGUUAGAGUACGUCUCCAAGGUGCGUGAUCUUUCGGAAGCUUCAAAGAAGCACGAGACAUUGCUCACAAUACUUGAUGAUGAUAUUGCAAAUGACACAGUUAAAGCACCUGGAAGCAAUUCUCGCAAUCUGCGUCGAGUUAGACAAGGUUUGGACCUUGUUAGAGCUCUGUUUGAACAGUUUAUGUCCACUGAAGAAUACUCGUUAAAGGAAGCUGCUUCAACAGCUUAUACACAAGUUUGUGCGCCCUACCACCCUUGGACAGUCAGAAUGGCAGUUUCUGCUGGAAUGUAUACUCUUCCAACGAGGGAGCAGCUUCUGCUAAAUCUCAACGAGACCAAUCAGUUAGCAGAGAAGAAAAUGAAAAGGUAUAUCGACGCUUCGGGUCCAGUCAUAGAAUAUAUUGACAAGCUUUACAUUUCUAGAAAUAUCAGCUUGGACUGGUGACUUUCAUGUCCUUCUGAGGACAACCGCUUCUUCACUUUAUCUUAUCUGAGCAAGCAGCACAUCUCAACAGUGUUAGUAUAUCACAAAAAGAAGCCUUCCAUGGAUGCUUCAAACAAAUAUAAGCUUAACAGUUUCAUGAAAGUAUUCAUGAUACAUGUUUUGUCUAGUGUUAUUGUCUGUGUACAUAAUUGAAUUUAUAACAUGUUAGAUAUGGAACUUUAAGGUCGCAUUACCUUUCAAUUUGAGUAUAAUAAAGUAAAAGGGUUAACAUC